GGAAGCUGUAGGAGGCAGAAACUCGUGGGGCAAAUCUUCAGAAGGCAGAGACUCAGGGGCAAAUCUUCAGGACCCAGAAACUCAGAGGUAAAGCCGAAGCAGUUAGACACACAGGGGACAAAGCUUCAGGAGGCGGAGACUCAGGGGUGAAGCUGAAGGAUGUAGAGACUCAGGGAGCAAAGGAAUACUUCAAGCUCAUAGUGAGGUUGAACCAUCCACUCACACUCUGUCCCGGUCAGAAGUCAGAGACCUAGAGAAGGCUCGUAGUGAGGUUGAACCAUCCACUCACACUCUGUCCCGGUCAGAAGUCAGAGACCUAGAGAAGGUGGCUCCAAAGAAGGACCAGUUACCAUUGGAUCAGGACUGUGUUGAGAAGAUGUCACUUGUCAAUGAGGAGCAGAGCUUUUGUGCCCCUGCUGAAGGAGUUAAGGAGGUCUGCAAACAUGUUGUGGUCACUUCAGCAAUAUCAAGCAUGGACAAAUGUGCUGAAUGCGUGGGACCUGUAGCAGCACUCAAAUGGAUUGGCCUGAGAUGCAAAUUGUGCUCCAGUUUUUGGCACAAGUCCUGCUAUUCGAAGCUUCAUGAAUGGAAUGGAAAACGGUCAUCGUGGGAAGUAAGUUCAGAGGAAGACGAGCUGUCAGAUGAGGAAUAUAUACCACAGUCUGAGUCAGACAAUCAGUCAGACAGUUCAGAUGAGUUGACAACAAGACCGGCAUGUUACGAUCAAGCUAAUCUCCUCUCAGAUAUACAGGAAGCUGCAUCCUCUAAGUUUAGUGAACCUCAGAGAUCAGAUGUAACUGCCCUGAAUGUGUCUAAGGGCAAAGGAAAAGGAGUCUUAAAGGCCAGGGAAGCAGCAAGUGUGUAUGAUGAGUCUGACUUACUUUGCCAUGAAGAGCAGUUGACUGAUGUUGAGACAGACAGUGAUUCAGACUGUUCUGGUGAACGUCACCUUCCCAGAAAGCAAGGCUCAGUGGUACGCAGGUCAACAGAUGUGCUUAUAUCACCCCAAUCACACAAUAGAAAGGACAGUAGUGAGAAGUUUUUGAAUGCAAAGAGCACAGCUACGUUGAGAGAGGAAGAGAGGGAAAGCAGCGUGGCUGAAGAAGAUCAGUGUGUGCAGUCAGCAACAAUCUCCUGUUCAGCAAAUAGUAAGAAUUAUUGUUACAUCUGCGGGAAACCACAGUCCAAGUUAGCGCGCCAUUUGAAAACUCAUAAGGAUGAAGUUGAAGUUGCACAGGCUUUGUCACUCCCGGUUCACUCGAAAGAACGUAAAGCAAUGCUGCAAAAGCUCAGGAACAAGGGCAACUUUCAGCAUAACACAGAUGUGUUACAGUGUGGAGAGGGGGCUCUUAAAAUAAAACGGGCACCAAAAAGAAAGUGUGAUUCAAAGCAGUUUGUGCAUUGCAUGUACUGCAAAGGGAUGUUUGUACGGAGAGAUCUGUGGCGUCAUUUCAGACGAUGUUCCUCAAAACCAGCAGCUGACAGUGAAAACCAAGGGAGGAGGAGAGUUUUGGGCCUGGCGUCUAUGGCAGAGUCUUCAUUCACUCAGCACAUUUCUCAAGGAGUUUGGAAACUCUUAGGUGUGAUGAAGCAGGAUGAUAUUUCCGCUGUUGUCAAAAAUGACCUAAGUAUUCUUCAGCUUGCACAGUCUUUCUUUAACAAACAUGGGCAUGACCCUACCAAAUUUGAGUACAUUCGACAAAAACUCCGUGAAGUUGCAAGAUUGUUGUUGACUUUGCGUAGAGAGUUUUCAAUAUACAGUCUUGAAGAAGCUGUGAAGCCUGCCAAUUUUCAUAGACUCAUUCGAGCGGUUCAGAUGGUGUCUGGCUAUGAUGAUGAGAGUCACUGCUACCAAAGCCCAAGCCUUGCUCUAAAACUGGGGCACUCGUUGAAUAAGAUUAGCGAAAUCAUUCACUGCCGAGCACUGAUGUCUGAAGACAAGGAACUGAUCGCGUCAACAGAGACCUUUAAAAAGCUCUACUCCUCAAAGUGGUCUGAGAUGAUCUCACACACUGCUUUGGUCACACUGAAUGAGGCCAAAUUUAACAAGCCAUCAACACUUCCCUUCACUCAGGAUGUCCAGUCCCUUCAUCGGUUCCUUGAGAAGACUGCACAUACGGCUUUUCAGAAACUAAAAGAGACGGCAUCUCCUCAAAGCUAUGCGGAACUGGCCAAAGCAACACUCGCCAGAAUCAUUGUGUUCAACCGCAGACGUGCGGGAGAGGUCUCUAAAAUGCCGCUGAAGGGCUUCAAUGAAAGGGACGGCACUUCUCUCCAUGAUGAUGUUGCCAUGGGCCUGAGCAAGUUUGAGCAGAAACUCUGCAGCCAUUUUAGUCGCGUUGAGAUCAGGGGGAAGAGGGGAAGAAAGGUUGCUGUUCUUCUCCCGCCUGAUAUGGUCGAUGCCCUGACGCUGCUGGUCAGCAGGAGAAGUGAGUGUGGAGUGCUGGACACUAAUGCUUUCUUGUUUGCUCGGCCAAACUGCCAGAGUCACUACAGAGGCCAGGACUCCCUCAGAGUGUAUGCAAGUGAAUGUGGAGCUCAGAAUCCAGAAUUUCUCCGAUCAACUCAUCUGCGCAAGCACGUGGCUACUCUCUCACAAAUCCUAAAUCUGAAGAACAAUGAGUUAGAUCAGGUCGCCGAUUUCUUAGGGCAUGACAUCCGCGUCCACCGCGACUAUUACAGGCUGCCAGAAGCCACUACUCAGCUUGCUAAAAUAUCAAAGCUACUGAUAGCCAUGGAAAAGGGCUGCCUUCCUAAUCUUCAAGGCAAAUCGCUUGAUGACAUUGAGAUUGAAGAUGAGAUCAGAAUGACGGAUUCUGAUGACAGUGAUCCUGAAGAAAGUGAUUCUGACGAUGAUGCUCUUGCUGGAGCUGCAGUAGACUCCAGUAAUGCUGGUGUUCAGAAGAUGCCCAUUGAGAGCACCACUGAAGUUCCUGAAGAGAGUGAGAGUGAGGCAGAAACUGAAAACCCACGGAGAGGGCAGAAAGUGGCCUGGUCAAAUGCUGAAAUUACAGCUGUAAUGAAACAUUUUAAGGGCCAUAUAACUAAAGGAAAACUGGCCACAUUGACUGAAUGCCAGCAGUGUAAGACUGCUGAGGAUCCUGUUUUGGCGAGACGCAGUGCACAGAAUAUACGGGAUUUUGUAAGAAAUCGAGGAAUUAGCUUAAAAAGGAAAACCCAGAGUAAAUGAUGUUACAUUACAUCCUGUGUCUCUUUUGAUGCCAUUCUAUUUGAUUGUUGUUAUUGUUAUUUUCCAUAAUGCAAACUGGUAUGGCAGCAGUUCAUACUGAUAUCUCACAGUAGAAAUCUGUUUAAGUUCAACUGUUAGUUUGUCAAAAAAUGACAAUUCUGUGAAUUCCUCAAUCUUUUGGAUGACCUGUCCCUUAAAGAUAAAUCAGUCUCUCUACACAUCUGCAACAUUUAUUGCGUCCUCCAAGAGUUAAUCUCAUGUUUACUAUCCGUUUAGUGAGGUACUUACAACAUGUGGCAUGCCUUUUAAUUUAUUGUUUUUUUUUUUUUUAAGUUGGUGGAUUUCAUUUUUUGUUUUUGUGUGGCAUCCCUUUUUUAUAGAAAGAUUACACUAUUUAUUUACUUUUCUUUUUUUUCUUUUUUUUUUAAGUUGGUGGAUUUCACUUAAGUUUUUGUUUGUUUGUUUAUAAGUCACAAUUUUAAGUUGUUAUUAAAGUACUUCUAAAACACAUUGAUCCCUGUUGUGUUGUGUAUUGUGUUUAAGAUCUGGUGCUCUUUAACCACCUUAGUCUUGAUAAUGCAGCAUAUUGACACGUUUGUGUGUUGUGUAUGGUCAUGUACCAGUAAAACACAUUGGUCCCUGUAAUCCAGAGAACUGACAUGUUUUGUGUAUUGCAAAAGGAGUGUCCUCAUAAAUCGAUAAGACCCUAUAAAUCCCAAUUAUGUAAUAGGCGGGAACAUUUUAGGAGGGGCGUGGCUGUCCUUGUUUACCACCAAAAUAUCAUGUUGUCAUAUUAUCCGUUCUAUUGUGUGUAAAGAAAAUCCAAAGUGGUAUUUGUGUUCUGCAGAGUAAAACAAAAUUUAUGAUAGUUUUAUCAUUUCUGUAGGACAUCGGGAAAGGUGUGUCCCCUUAAACCACCAUCCAACUGGUUUGGCCAUCAAAGUCCUGCUAAACCACAAAAACCAGUAUGUGUGUGUGUGUGUGUGU